UGGUUGUUGCGCUUCAUGUGGGACUGCACAGCACCUUUAUCCUUUGCAUCCUAUAUAUUAGAGAUCCUAUCUUACUCAUGGGCAACAACCCAAAAGCCUGACGACUAUAGUCCAAUCAGAUGCUUCCAAGACGAAGAGGUGUGGCACUAUGUAAUUAAUAAAAAGCUCCCGAGGAUCGGCGUUUGCCAAAAGGUUUCUGAUCACAAGCUACGUGAAAACCUUUACGCUGUCAAAAUGGUCGAGUGGACAGAUGCUGAGCGCAAGGCCAUCGCAAGCCUGUGGGGAAAGAUCGAUGUGGGGGAAAUCGGUCCCCAGGCCCUCGCCAGGCUUCUGAUUGUGUAUCCCUGGGCUCAGAGAUACUUCAAAGCCUUUGGAGACCUGUCCACCAAUGCUGCCAUUAUGGGAAACCCCAAAGUGGCACAGCACGGAAAGACCGUGAUGGGUGGUCUGGAAAAUGCUGUGAAGAACUUGGACAACAUCAAGCAGACCUACGCCAAACUGAGCGUUAUGCACUCUGAGAAGCUCCACGUGGAUCCCGAUAACUUCAGGGUGCUCGCUGAAUGCAUCAGCCUGUGUGUGGCCGCUAAGUUUGGUCCCAGCGUCUUCACCGCUGACGUCCAGGAAGCCUGGCAGAAGUUUUUGGCCGUGGUCGUUUCUGCCCUGCGUAGACAGUACCACUAAAUUUCUGGAGUGCCAGUUCAUCAAAGAUGUGCAACAGUUAUAAGCGUGAUUGUAAAAUCAUAUCUCUUUAAUUCUGUUGCCAUAUGCACUAAUAAAGAUAAAAUAAAAUGAACUCAAAUCAAA